UAGUUGAGUUUGAGUUUGUGAUGAAAAAAGUUCAAAAACACAAACAUAGAGAAGUGAAAUUCAACAUAAAGUCACUCAGUUGGAUGUGAAACUGAAAUAUAGAAGCUAGCGGGAAGACAUGCAUUACAAAGACACGAGUAUUCAGGAGUUUUAAAGUUUAAAGUCCGAGGAAACUGGAGAUAAACAGUGUUUUGAAAAGGGAUGCUUCUCUGAUCAGCUGUGACGAACAAAUGGACAACGAGCAUCAAGAGAGGAGAGAAGAGGAAGAGGAGGAGAUGAUGAAGGCAGGCAAAGUAAUAAAUGGACACACUCCCAUCUUCGCCUCCUCCUCCCUCACCUCCUUCCCUUUCCUCUCCUCCUCCUCUCUGUGCCGAGGAAGAGAGGAAGACGAAGAGGAGGUGAGCGUCGCCAUCGUCACCAUCGACGACGAGUCCUGUCCGUCAGAGCCGUUUGGACCCGCCCUCCUGGAGACGGCCAAUCAGAUCGCACGGAUUGAGGGAGGGGGAGAUAAGGAGGAAGAGGAAGAGGAGGAGAGAAACAGCGAGGAAGAGGAAAUGACGUCACCAUCUCCUCACCUGUCUCUUCCCAGUCCGGCCUCUCUGGUCCAGGCCACCACUCCCACCACAUUUGGGGACCUGAGGCUGGCCAAUGGGCUUUCAGCUCAGCGGCGGCGCGUCACCUCGGGACCUCCACCCUCCGGCCUGCAGGACUGGCUCCACAUCUUCCAGGCGUGGAGUGGUCCUGAGCGUCUCUUGGCUCUGGAUGAGUUGAUUGACAGGUGUGAAACAGGCCAGGUGAAGCACAUGAUGCAGGUGAUCGAGCCUCAGUUCCAGAGAGACUUCAUCUCCCUUCUGCCCAAAGAGUUGGCGCUGUACGUGCUCACCUUCCUGGCUCCUAAAGACCUGCUGCAGGCGGCUCAGACCUGCAGAUACUGGAGGAUCCUAGCUGAAGAUAAUCUGCUGUGGAGAGAGAAGUGCAGAGAAGAAGGUACUUUAAAGAGUCCUGAUGAUUUUGACGGUGCGUUCGUGGUCAGCGGCUCGUUGGACACCUCCAUCAGAGUCUGGGACGCAGAGACCGGUGGCUGUGUGCACACCCUCACUGGUCACCAGUCCCUCACCAGUGGGAUGGAGCUCCGGGAAAACAUCCUGGUUUCUGGGAACGCCGACUCCACGGUCCGAGUGUGGGACAUCCAGAGCGGAAAGUGUCUGCACACCCUGCAAGGUCCCAAUAAGCACCAGUCGGCGGUGACGUGUCUCCAGUUCUGCAGAGGACUGGUUCUGUCCAGUUCUGACGACGGUACGGUGAAACUUUGGGACCUGAAGACGGGCUCCUGGGUCCGAGACGUGGUGACGCUGCAGAGCCGAGGAGCAGGAGGCGUGGUGUGGAGGAUCCGAGCAUCCGACACUCGUCUGGUUUGUGCCGCCGGCAGCCGGAACGGCACCGAAGAAACCAAGCUGCUCGUCCUCGACUUCGAUCUGGACGACCGCACGACGGAAGAGGAGUGAGGAGGAAUAUUUGUUGUGAACCAAAAGUCCCACGGACAGGUAUGAAUGUCACCUGGAAGGGAUUUCAACGCCGUGGAUGUAUCCUAAACGAGGCGACAGAUGAAUGUUUUUGACGCUUUACGGAAAUGGAUUUUUACUGAAUGUAAACGACGGACAGAUGGAACGUUGACUUUUAUCGUUUUUGCUGCUGAACCAACGACAAACUCAACGACGGAGAUGAAAGACAACAUGAACCAAAUCCUGGAGACGGAGCAACUUCCAGAGGCAGACGGGGAACCGCUGAAGAUCAAGGAACAUCUGAUUGCUCGUUUACGUCCAUUUGAAUAAUGCGGGAACAGAGGGUGCAAGUCCAGCUUCAAGGGGAGCUGGAGUUGAAGUGAAACGCUCUAAACUGUGAUGGAAACGUUACAUCAGAUUUUCUGUUUCCGAAGCACCGUCACAUUUUGCUUUAAUGCGUAAAACAACUUCUCCACUUCAGCCGAGCUUAAAAUAACUUUAUUGCCAUAUUUCAGGUUCUUUUUGAAGGCGUUUCCUCUCCUUUUUGUCAGGCAUGAUGUCAAGAAAAUGCACAUGAAAAGCCGAGUGGAAACACAGCGUUAGUUUCAUCUCGUCUCCGUUGCCUCGAAGUUCCCUGAGUCCUGUAAUAUAUGUUUGUUAAAUUGAUAAUCAGAGCCUUACAUCUGCAAAACAAACCUUUGAUUGAAGCUCGACAGACGCCUGAGUUCAGAGUAAAAGAGAUUAUUUAGAAACACUCGGAGCUGAGAAACCUCACAGAUUCACGCUGUAGUUUCCUGCCAAAAACAAAAGGGAAAUGCAGAAAAUGAACUAUAUUUGAACGUUAUUGGUUCAAACAGAUCUUAAAAAACUGCUUUAUUUGACAAUAUUUGACCGAUUUUGACCAUAAUUAUACAUCUAGAGAAAGCCUGUGGAAGCAGAGAAAGGUGAUUUACCUGUUCACUUCAUUAUGAAAUGUAUUUGAUUCACUUUGAGGUGAAAGGGAGGCAAGGAGAAGCCGUUUAAUCCCAAAUGUGUUUCAUUAUUUACUUUAUUUGGAGAAAAAAACACUGAAUUUAUGCAUUUUUAAAUGUUGGGUGAUCCAAUUAAGCAAUGAAAACAAAAGAAAGUUGGGGUUUUUAUUGAAUAUAUAUUACGUUGUCCUUUCUGUGCUCCCAUAGGAUUUUAGAUGGAUUUGUUUAAGGGUAUUUUUCCCACUUAAUUCUCAAAGGAUCCCAAAAAAUAAGCAAUUUUUUGGGACGUAUUUGGUCAAAAAGUGGCUCGAAAUCCCCCCCAAAAACUCUGAACAAAUAUAUAUAAUCAGUUAAAAAUGAAACUCUACAACCAUUAAAAAUGCAGGAAAAAACGUAUAUUUUUUUGCAUUUCUUUAAGGUUAUAUUUCACAGUAUUAAAUACAAUAUAUAUAUUUUUAAACCCAAAUCUUUAAAGGCUUAUUUCACACUCUCUUUUCCUCGGUUUAUAACAUAUUUAAAUAUUAAAUAAAAUAUUUCUCCCCUGAUAACCAGACAUUAAAUCUGCCAGGCAACACCUCUAAGCCAAUGAGAGCAGAGCGGGUGGUUGUUCCCCCCGGCAACAGGUGGUGAUUUUCUUUGAGAAGUGAGGCUCAUCCUGUACAUUACUGUAAAUAAAAGAUGUAAAUAUCCAGCUUUUUAUAAGAAGAACAGAACAUAUUGUGGAGAGAGGAAGGCGGGAUGAAUGUGGAUCAAUAAAGAUGAUUUUAUUAAAAAAGA